GAAUGAUUGUGAACAGCGGGUUGCAGCUGGCAUUGUUCUUCACCGUAUUCUUCGACAUGCUCCAGAACCCCUACUCCUCUACAAAGGUCAAGGAGAUGGUGCAGUGGCGAGCACUGCAAGGCCACUCCAACUCAAAUUUCGACUCAGACAACGGGUAUUCCCUGGUCAAUCGCCUCUGUCAGCAGAAGCUGUGGUCGUUCGAACAAGAAGAGUACAAGGAAAUGUUCGAGUACCUCUACAUGCCGAUGCCUGGAUGGAUUUUGAGCGUUCUGGCCAUCAUCAUGUGGGUGUUGACAAUGAUGGCCGAGUAUCGUCGCUGUUGCGAGCAGGGUCUGGCUCUCUGGAACCUCCCAAGGCUGAAGCGAG